AGCUGCGCUAUUUAACGUUCUUUUGUCUACUAUUUGGCUGGUGAGAGCAUCAGUUAAAAGAACUCUGUGUUUCUUAAUAUUAUCCAUUCGCUUUCUGCCUUUUCUUAUCGGGUCCGUUUCUUUGGUUGUGUGCGAAAGAGGGCCUCGAAUCAGGCCAUUGCUCGCACCUUCGACCUGUGAUUGGAACAAGAAAAAGAAAACCAUUCACUUGCAUCCUGCUAUUCUGCUGUUUCUCAACCUUGAAUUUAUCCAUUAUACUGAUACCUUCUCCUUAGCCAAUACCAAUCGCAAAAAUGUCUGCCGACGCUACCACCAACCCCGCCACUGACAACCCUGUCAACGGCACCCCCGAGACCGCUGCUCCUGCCCCCGAGACCACUGCGGCCGAGACCUCCACCGUUGCUGCCAACCAGCCUCACUCGGCUUCCCUCUAUGUUGGUGAACUUGACCCCUCGGUUACCGAGGCUAUGCUCUACGAGCUCUUUUCCUCCAUCGGCCAGGUCGCUUCCAUCCGUGUGUGCCGCGAUGCCGUCACCCGCCGCUCGCUCGGAUACGCCUACGUUAACUACAACAACACCGCCGAUGGUGAGCGCGCUCUCGAGGACCUCAACUACACCUUGAUCAAGGGCAAGCCUUGCCGUAUCAUGUGGUCUCAGCGUGAUCCCGCUCUCCGCAAGACAGGCCAGGGCAACGUUUUCAUCAAGAACCUGGACAGCGCUAUCGACAACAAGGCCCUUCACGACACUUUCGCCGCUUUUGGCAACAUUCUCAGCUGCAAGGUCGCUCAAGAUGAGUUCGCCAACUCCAAGGGUUACGGUUUCGUCCACUACGAGACCGCUGAGGCUGCCAACAACGCCAUCAAGCACGUUAACGGCAUGCUGCUUAACGACAAGAAGGUCUUCGUUGGCCAUCACAUCUCCAAGAAGGAUCGCCAGAGCAAGUUCGAGGAGAUGAAGGCCAACUUCACCAACAUCUACGUUAAGAAUGUCGACCAGGAGGUCUCGGACGAGGAGUUCCGUACUAUCUUUGAGCAGUUCGGUGACAUCACUUCCGCUACUCUCAGCCGUGACCAGGAGGGAAAGAGCCGUGGUUUCGGUUUUGUCAACUUCUCGACCCAUGAAAGUGCGCAGGCCGCCGUGGAAGAGAUGAACGACAAAGACGUUAAGAGCCAGAAGCUCUACGUUGGUCGUGCUCAGAAGAAGCACGAGCGUGAGGAGGAGCUCCGCAGACAGUACGAAGCUGCCCGUCUGGAGAAAGCUUCCAAGUACCAGGGUGUCAACCUCUACGUCAAGAACCUGACAGACGACAUUGACGACGAAAAGCUGCGCGAGCUCUUCGGCCCCUACGGUACCAUCACCUCCGCCAAGGUGAUGCGCGACGCUUCCAACGUCGAGCGCGUCGAGUCUGAGGAGGAGAAGGAGGAAGGCAAGGAGAACGAGCAGGAACAAGAGCAGGAGCAGGAGCAGGAGCAGGAACCUGAAGCCGAGAAGGCCGAGGACAAACCCGCUGAGGGUGAGGAGAAGCCCAAGAAGAAGACCUUUGGCAAGAGCAAGGGCUUCGGUUUCGUCUGCUUCAGCAGCCCCGACGAAGCCUCCAAGGCUGUCACUGAGAUGAACCAGAGAAUGGUCAAUGGCAAGCCUCUUUACGUUGCCCUUGCUCAGCGCAAGGAUGUCCGUAGAAGCCAGCUUGAGGCCAGCAUCCAGGCUCGCAACACCAUCAGACAACAGCAGGCCGCUGCUGCCGCUGGCAUGCCUCAGCCUUACAUGCAGCCCGCCGUCUUCUACGGUCCUGGCCAGCAGGGUUUCAUCCCUGGUCAGCGUGGCGGUUUGGCUUUCCCUCCCCAGCCCGGUAUGGUUAUGGGCAUCCCCGGUGGACGUCCUGGCCAGUAUCCUCCCUUCCCUCAGGGUGGCCGUGGCAUGGGUCCCAACCAGCAAAUUCCUCCUAACUUCGCUCAGGGUAUCCCCAUGGGCGCUAUCCAGGGCCCUGGUGGCAUUCCUAAUGGCAUGGCCUACCCUCAGGCGAUGGCUCAGGUGCAGUUUGGCGGACGUGGCGGACGUGGCGGUGGUCAGGUUCCUGGCAUGCCUAUGCGUGGUGGAUUUGGUGGCCGCGGUGGUCCCAUGCAGGGCAUGGGCCGUGGUGGUGGUCGCGGACAGAACGCCCCUGCUCAGCCCGCCGCUCAGCCCGAGACCCCUGCCGCUGGCGGUCUGACCCCUCAGUCUCUCGCCGCUGCCCCCGCCCCGCAACAAAAGCAGAUGCUCGGUGAAGCUCUGUACCCCAAGAUCCAGGCCCAGCAGCCUGAGCUGGCUGGUAAGGUCACUGGUAUGCUUCUGGAGAUGGAAAACACUGAACUCCUUGGCCUGUAAGUCCUACACCCCUUUGAACUAUCGUUUUACGCGAAAAUCAUACUAAUGUCUUAGGCUCGACGAUGAGGAAGCUCUUCGCGCCAAGGUCGACGAGGCUCUCAGUGUUUACGACGAGUACAUGAAGAACAAGGGCACAGAGGGUGAGGCUGGCGAGCCUAAGCCGGAGGCUGCUGCUCCUCAGGAGGGUGAAGAGAACAAGUCGUAAAGAGAUUUACAUGGACAUGCCCGGCACGGAGAUGUUGUUUCACGGUUGAUGACUCUUUCU